GAGAAGCGUGGCAUAUAUGAAACAAAACCUAAUUCCAGACAUUUCCGUAAAGAAAACACAAUUGUCACGGAGGCCUCUGAGGAGAAUGAGUCUACUGCAGAAUUUGGCCAACCUUCUAAAAUUGUAAAUAAAUCUUACUUUCCCUUUUAUUAGUUACUCUAAUUGCCUAAUUGAUAAAGUAAUACUUCAUCUAAAAUCAUAAAAUUGGAGGCUGAACCUUUGUAGGCACUAUGAAGCUUAGAUCCCAAAUUAAAGCCAUUUAAGUAUAUGCUAGCAGAAACUGAGCAUAUACCGCAGGCCCAUAUGAAUCUGUAAACUCUGCAUUGGUUUGAUCUAUAUAGUACAUAAUAUUUGUUUAAAAAAUUGCGUUUGUGAACCUUUGUGGUGUACUUAUGAAGCGUGGACAGCAAAGUAAUCCAGCAGAAUCCAAGUAUAUGCCGGAGGUCCACUUGACAUUGAAAAUGUUGCAUUGGUUUGAACUGUAGUAUAUAAUAUUUGUUUAAAAAUUGUGUGACGUGAAACUUCUGUGUAACUUUUUAUCCAUUUUAGAUACAUGAUCCUCUCUAUGGUUCGAUCACUUCAGGCAGCCAAGCUUCAAACUGGGGUACGUGCAAAAUAUGGGAAGGAUAAUGGAAAUAUGAAAAAUAAUUGUGCAGAUGAUAAUUCGGGAAGCAAUAGAAUGAAUUAUGAAAAUGAUUCAUCUGGAGGUUUAGUUCCAUUAAAAGGAUACCAGGAUGUUGUUAAUGGAGCAGAUAAAGAACUAAAUCUUCAGAAAUGUAAUUCUUCACUUGCAAUGAAGAGAGCGGAAACAACCGCGUGUGCAUCUAGAGCUUCCACUGUUUCCAAAGAUUAUUCUGAGGCAACGACUGUGGUGACAGGAGAUGAAGUACAAAAGCAGCAAGAAGUGUCGCAACUGCCAAGUUCGAGGGAGAGUACAGGCAGCCACGAAAGUUUGUCGGGCAAAGGGGAUUAUGAGUCCAACUCUGUUUCAGAGUGUGAAAUCCGUUGGGAAGACCUUCAAUUAAGAGAGGAGAUUGGACAAGGUUCUUAUGCAACUGUUUAUCAUGGAAUUUGGAAUGGAUCGGAUGUUGCAGUCAAGGUUUAUUUUGGGAACGGAUACACAGAGGAGACUUUACAAGACUACAGAAAAGAGAUUGAUAUAAUGAAGAGAUUGAGACACCCUAAUGUACUACUUUUCAUGGGAGCAGUAUAUUCACCGGAAAGGCUUGCCAUUGUUACAGAGUUAUUACCUAGGGGAAGCCUUUUCAAAAAUAUACAUAGGAACAAUCAGACAUUAGACAUCAGAAGACGUCUAAGGGUGGCUCUUGAUGUUGCUAAAGGAAUGAAUUAUCUUCAUCACAGAAAUCCACCAAUUGUGCAUCGAGAUCUGAAGUCUUCCAACCUGCUAGUAGAUAAAAACUGGACUGUAAAGGUUGGAGAUUUUGGCCUAUCUCGGUUGAAGGAUACAACUUUAUUGAAUACGAAAUCUGGGAGAGGCACCCCUCAAUGGAUGGCCCCUGAAGUCCUUAGAAAUGAACCUUCCAAUGAGAAGUCUGAUGUAUUCAGUUUUGGUGUCAUCCUCUGGGAACUAAUGACUCAAUCUAUUCCCUGGAAAAAUUUGAAUUCCUUACAGGUUGUUGGAGUCGUAGGCUUUAUGGACAGACGACUAGACCUUCCAGAGGACCUUGAUCCCCAUGUUGCCUCCAUCAUCGAUGAUUGCUGGCAAAGUGAUCCAGAGCGACGCCCAUCAUUUGAAGAGCUGAUCCAGAGAACGUUGUUCCUUGUUAACAGAGUAACAGCAGUGUCAAUUAGGAGAAUUGCAGAAUCCUAAACGUUUUAUAUGGUUUGGGUUUUGUUUUCUCAAAAUGUGUUUGUUAAAAACAGAUUAUGAGAAGCACAAACCAACAUAUUGAGUGGCAACUGGCAACCCUUAGAACAUUCUUCCUUCCGAAAGUAGAAAGAACAACUCGAGAGAGACAAACCGAAGGUGGGAGUAGGCGAUAAAAAUGCUUGUAAUUUUGUUUGGAGUCUUUGUAUAUAGAUAUUAAUCAUGUGUUUUUU